GUCAGUCACAUCAGGCUUUCUUUUAGUAGACCAGGCGGCAUGGCCAGCGCACUUUGCAGUUUUCGGGAGUAGCGCAGUCUGGCACAGCACGGCACACACACGCCUCCAUCUCUCCCACCGGCUUUUACAACUUUUGAUGGUUUAUUUAGUUACUUUUGCUCCAAUUUGUCGCUCACAGGCCCAUAAAAAAUACCAUCCACAAAUGGCCCACAGGUCACACUUCGGAAAUGUUUGUUGUGUUGCAUCUUGAAAUUCAGGUGUGCUUGGGCAGCAACACUUCAUGGACUCACGGACUGCCUGCCAUGCACAGUUCCGUUAAACAACCUGAUUACUGUUGGAAGGAAAGACCUUCUAUACCGCUCAGUCUGGGUGUGCAGAGAAAUGAGCUUCCCACUUGGUCUACUACUCUGCUCUGCCACGAUAUAAUGAAGAGGGUGGUUGAUAUUGUCCCGAAUGGACUGCAUCUUAUUUUUCAUUCUUCCUUCUACUAUAAGCAUGUUCAGACCUCUCCCUAAAACUAAACCCGCCUUCCUGAUCAGUCUGGACUUCAGGUGACUGGUGUCCUUAGCUGUUAUGUUGCCACCAAAGCAGACAGCUACAAAAGUCAAGACACUACAGACCGCCAACCGGUAGAACAUAAACAGCAUUUCUGUACACACAUUAAAAGACAAACAACUAUGGACAAUUUGGAGUCGCCAAUUAACCUAGCAUGUUUUUGGAAUGUGGGAGGAAACCGGAGUACCUGGAGAAAACCCACGCAUGCACGGGGAGAACAUGCAAACUCCACACACCUUCCAUUUCAUCAUCAGAAAUUGGGCAAGGAAAAAAAAUACAUUUUUUGACAUACUUUCUCUAAUAUUAACACUAAUAUAAUUUAUAUAAUAAUUUGGGGCACAAUAAAUAUUUCUUUCUCCAAGACCCAGUCACACAAUUGUCUUGUGACGCUCCUACCCAAAAGGGGAAGUGACAUCACAUACUACAAACAUUUCAGGUCAGUGUUGUGGAAUCCAGAAAGUUUAGUUGGCUGUUGUAAGGCUGCUGUAAAGAUGAGCUUCACCAUUCGUCAUGCAACAAAAGCAGAUUGUAAAAACAUAUGGAGACUGAUAAAGGAGUUGGCAGUUCAUGAAGGGAAGCUACAACAAGUGAUGCAGUCAUAUGAAGACUUCGAACAGGACGCUUACAGCCAGAAACCCUGGUUUGAAUCCCUCAUUGCAGAAGUACCUAAGGAGAAUAAAUCUCAAAAAGGGUUCACAACUGUCGGUCUCGCACUUUACUAUUACACGUACAGUACAUGGAAGGGACGGUCAGUCUAUUUGGAGGAUUUGUAUGUGAUGUCAGAAUUCCGAGGAUUUGGCAUUGGAAAAAGUUUACUGAACACACUUGCUAAGGUAUCCCUUUACGUAAACAAAGUAAAGUUCUACAUCUUUAUGGGAACUUCUGCAACAUUUAGAAUGAUGACAAAGUCGAUUUCCAUAAUAGAAACAAGGCUUUCUUUCAGGUAGUUGUAAAACUU